AUGGCUAUAAUGCUGCUGUGCCUUCUCCAGCUUGCUGCACCCCUCUGUAGUUAUUCUAUAACUGUACGUUUCUAUCUUUUUUGGUUGAACACUCCCUGA